ACCCUCGAACAAGCGUGGUUUGAGUUCCUCCUCUCCGCUAGUAUCAAGCGCCUGCCCGGUCGCUCCUAUGUUUGAGUAGUUCCGCCAGACACAACAGUUGCGAUCUCAUUGAACGAACGGGUUUUGUUGUGUGGUGGAUUUCAGUGCCCACAUUCCUCGGUUUGGUUGCUUCUAGGGAUUCUGCAAUCUUUUCGCCGCCAUGAGCUAUCAACAAGCCCAGGACAUGUACCACGAUAACUCCGCGGCGCGUUCUCCUGGCUCCCAACGCCAUCAGCAGCCGCUGCACCGUCAACCUUCUCGUCAGUUUGACGCGUACGGCCCUAUGCCUGUGAACCUGUAUGACGACAUGGCUCGUUACGACACCGGUCGGCUGGAACGCCUGAACUCGUCGCUGCACAACAACUCUUACGCCUACGAUCUCGCGGGCUCCCAGACCUGGAAUCCCAACGGCUUUGCCAAUGCGCAAGCUCUUGGAGGCAUUCGGUCGGCUUCGACCAGCCUCAAGACAACUUCGCGCACUGGCAGGGCGGGCUUGCCGACGACAUGGCUUGAUCAGCAGCCUGGCAUUCCCAGCGCCUUCUCCAACCUCGGCCCGGGUCCCCUCCAAAGCAGCGCGAUGCGCCCGGAAGCCUCUGGUCCGUCGGAAGCGGAGGAUGAGUUGAUUCCCACCGCCAUUGUCAUCAAGAACAUCCCUUUUGCGGUGAAGAAGGAGCAGCUGGUGCAGCUUAUGACUGAGCUCAACUUGCCGUUGCCUUACGCCUUCAACUACCACUUCGACAACGGCGUCUUCCGGGGAUUGGCUUUCGCCAACUUCACAUCUGCGGAGGAGACUGCAACCGUCAUCGAGGUCCUCAACCAUUUCGAGCUCCAGGGUCGCAAACUGCGGGUUGAAUACAAGAAGAUGCUGCCGCUGCAGGAGCGGGAGCGGAUUGAACGUGAGAAGCGCGAACGUCGUGGUCAGCUGGAAGAGCAGCAUCGCCCCAUGGCGACCUCGCAACUUCAGACUCAGAGUUCCAUGUCGUCUCUCACCUCGCACCUUCCCGCAACCUCCCCGUCUCCCGUCUCCCAGCGUGGCCAAAAGUUGGAGGUCGAUCUCAACGAUAGCACAACGCUUUCGUACUACUCUCAGCUUCUCCUCUUCAAGGAGGAUACGGCGCGUGACACCCUCGUGUUCCCGUCCAACCUUUCUCCUGUCCAGCGCCGCACCGUUCAUACACUUGCUCACAACAUGGGCCUAGGCCAUGCGUCUCGGGGAUCGGGUGAUCAGCGGCAGGUGCAUGUUUUCAAGGUCGCUCCCGGCACCAAUGUUAGCCCUCCCCUGUCGUCCAUCCCUGCCGCUGUCCAACCAGCGGAGACAGCUCGUCGUGGACUGAACCGCGCCGCAACCAUUGAUUUCAGUGAGUCUCGUAACGACGGACCCACUCAUUUUAACACUUUGCGCGGCCAGCCUUCUUCGGGCUUCCUGGGAGUCUUGGACUCCCCCGGCAACUUUGGCAACACGCAGAACCUUCGAGCCGCCAAGUCGUUUGCAGACCUACGCUCCUACACUCCAUCCCCCGUCCCCUCUUCUGCCAGCUUCCCUGCAGCCCUGCAGUCUAACGGUGCGCGCCUGCAACACUACGAUGGUGCCACGAGCGGCACUUCCAACACCCCGACGCUUACGUCCGCGCCAUCCGGCUCCUCCCUCGGUAUGCAGCGCGACGACAGUCUGUUGGUGAACAGCCUCAGUAGCCUCUCUCUGGGCACUGGAAUCGGUGGGCCGAAUGCGAGCCCGAGGAGAUUGCGGGGUAUGUUCUCUUGGGAGCAGCCAGAAAGUCAGCCCUCUAGCGCUGGUCCCAUCGGUAGUAACCGAUCCAUCGGAGUUGGAUUUGACGGUCAGUCACAGGAGCGCAUGCCCAUUAGGCAGCCGAGAGGCCCGAUGCCCGAGAAAGGUCCAGGAUUUCGACGCCAGAACGGACACCAAUCGCGCGGAAGCGACGAGUUACGCACCAGCUCUGGUGUAGAGAUUAUUGUGGAGUAAACACUUUGAUGGGAAGACGAAGACGACGAAACUUGUUAGAUUGCUUUGCCGCAAGAUGCAUACGACUCUUAUAUCACGAGGCCUGAUCCUGUUCUGCGAUUAUUGGCUUACGAUUCGAUGAGGGAUGACGAGAUGACACUCAACCGAGAGAACCAAAAGAAUAUUUCUCUGAUCUAGCCAAGUUUAGACGUUAUUUUGGGGCAGCCCAGCAG